AUGAAAAGUGAUAAAGAAAUAUUGAAUACUCUCAGAAGAUUUAAGGAAGCAAAAAUUGAAUUAAAAAAAUAUUUAAGUUGGAUUGAACAAAUUAAAGUAUCAAAUUAGAGUUUAUAUUAUAUAGUUAGAAAUGGUUUUGGCAGCUUAAUCAGAAAAAUAAAUCAAUUAUUAUAGAAUGCAGAUUUAAGGCUUUGAUACAAAUAAACUUAAAAAUGGAAAUUAUCCAACUAGUGAAUCCUUAACAGAAGAAGUUCAAAUUAAAUGCAAUUAAAUGACUUUUUAAUCAUAACAAUAAGAAUUAAACUAAGAAAAUGUUAGAGAAUUUAUUAAUAAAUAUGAAAAAAUGUUAGUCUAAUAAGAUCAGCAACAAUUAUAAACUAAUCUAAAUUCAGGUUAAACAUUAUUAAUUAACAGAGAUUCCAAAUAACAUUUUGGAACAAGUACUAUAGAAGACAUGUUUAAACUAUCUUAAUCAUAAUAAGACUCAUAAUAAUAAAAUUAAUACAGUUAUGAUACUUCUAAUUUUGGUAAUGAUUAAAUUGGAAAGAGAAGAUAGGAAGAGAAUCUAUUUAAUAAUUUACAAAAUUAUUCAAAAGAUUAUGAAUAAGAAUAGAGUUUAUAAUCAUCUAAAUGUUUCAAAGAUUAUAUGAUAAAUUAAGAAAAAGUAGAUUUAAAUUAUAAUCAAAAUAAAGAACCAUAAAAAAAAUCAUUUGAAUAAUUUUAUUAAGAACAUGUAGAAGGAGAAAUCAACAAUAUUUAAAUGGAAAUAGAGGAGAUGUAAAGGUAAUAUUGAAUAAUAAAAUAUAGAUUUCUUUAAAGAGUUUAAACAGCAAAAGAUAAAUUAACAAAUAGUUUUAAGGAUCUUUAAUAAAUUCCUGUUAUUAAUAGAUAGAGUAGUGAGAAUUCUAUUUAAAAAGUGACAGAAGAUCUUAAAUUAAUUGACAUAAUUAAAUAAAAUAUGAUAAAAUAAAUGGAAAAUAAUAUAGAUUAAGAUAAACUUAAAAAAUUAAGAAACAUGAAACAUUAAAUUUAAUUAUACUUUAAUAAUGUUGAGGAUGAAUUACUAAGAAUAAAUGAAGAAGCUUCUGUUGUUUAAUGA